GUUCUGGCGCGCCCAGCCCUCGGCGCAUGCGCAAGGCCAGCACCCCACGGGUCCUGAUCUCCGCUCCGCCCCGUGCUACCUUCUCCUCUUCCUCUUUCGGGCCGGCGUUCUUUGGGUGCCGCUUCCGGGGUGCCUAGACCGGUUCCGGAGUGACCGGUGCCUGCUUUCUCUCUCUCUCUCCCCAACGCUCCUCGUCCCCUAGACGCCAUUUACAGGCCCGUGGCUUGUAGUGGAACCUCCCCCCACCAGCCCCGUCACGGAAAGCGCGCGUAGCGCUGCGCCCCAAGAGCCAAUCAGCAGCCGCCUUAGGCAACCAUGUCUGAGUCUGGCCAUAGUCAGCCUGGGCUCUAUGGGAUAGAGAGGCGGCGACGCUGGAAAGAGCCUGGCCCCGGUGGCCCCCAGAACCUCUCCGGGCCUGGUGGUCGGGAGAGGGACUACAUUGCCCCAUGGGAGAGAGAGAGACGGGAUGGCAGCGAAGAGACCAGCACGGCGGUCAUGCAGAAAACCCCCAUCAUCCUCUCGAAACCUCCAGCAGAGCGGUCUAAGCAGCCACCACCCCCAACAGCCCCGGCUGCCCCACCUGCCCCAGCCCCUCUCGAGAAGCCUAUCGUCCUCAUGAAACCACGGGAAGAGGGGAAAGGGCCUGCGGCUGCGACAACCACCUCCACCCCCGAGGGCGCUGCCCCAGCACCCCCUGCAGCCCCCGCACCGCCCAAGGGAGAGAAGGAGGGACAGAGACCCACGCAGCCCGUGUACCAGAUCCAGAACCGAGGCAUGGGCACUGCCGCACCCGCAGCCAUGGACCCUGUCGUGGGCCAGGCCAAACUACUGCCCCCAGAACGCAUGAAGCACAGCAUCAAGUUGGUAGAUGACCAGAUGAAUUGGUGUGACAGCGCCAUUGAGUACCUGUUGGAUCAGACCGAUGUGUUGGUGGUUGGUGUCCUGGGCCUUCAGGGGACAGGCAAGUCCAUGGUCAUGUCAUUGUUGUCAGCGAACACUCCUGAGGAGGACCAGAGGGCGUACGUUUUCCGGGCCCAGAGUGCCGAGAUGAAGGAACGAGGGGGCAACCAGACCAGUGGCAUUGACUUCUUUAUUACCCAAGAGCGGAUUGUUUUCCUGGACACACAGCCCAUCCUGAGCCCCUCCAUCUUGGACCACCUUAUCAACAAUGACCGCAAGCUGCCUCCAGAGUACAACCUGCCCCACACCUACGUUGAGAUGCAGUCGCUCCAGAUCGCGGCCUUCCUCUUCACGGUCUGCCACGUGGUGAUCGUUGUCCAGGACUGGUUCACAGACCUCAGUUUAUACAGGUUCCUCCAGACGGCAGAGAUGGUGAAGCCCUCUACCCCAUCCCCCAGCCACGAGUCCAGCACUUCCUCAGGCUCUGACGAAGGCACUGAGUACUACCCCCACCUGGUCUUCCUGCAGAACAAAGCUCGCCGAGAGGACUUCUGUCCUCGAAAGCUGCGCCAGAUGCACCUGAUGAUUGACCAGCUCAUGGCUCACUCCCACUUGCGUUACAAGGGUACUCUGUCCAUGUUACAGUGCAACGUCUUCCCUGGGCUCCCACCUGACUUCCUGGACUCUGAGGUCAAUUUGUUCCUGGUGCCCUUCAUGGACAGCGAAGCAGAGAGUGAAAACCCACCUCGGGCAGGACCCGGUUCCAGCCCGCUCUUCUCCCUGCUCCCUGGGUACCGUGGCCACCCCAGUUUCCAGUCCCUGGUGAGCAAGCUCCGGAGCCAAGUGAUGUCCAUGGCCCGGCCACAGCUGUCACACACCAUCCUCACGGAGAAGAACUGGUUCCACUACGCUGCCCGGAUCUGGGACGGCGUAAAGAAGUCCUCUGCCCUGGCGGAGUACAGCCGCCUGCUGGCCUGAGGCCGAGGGAGGAACGUCAUGCAGAGAACCCCCCUCUGGGUCCUCACGGAUGGUGAGGGAGCACACGCGUCCUACCCCCCUGGUGGGGUGGAAAGUGGCGGCAGGUCUGAUGGACGAGGGACCACGACAUCCUCGCCCAGAGACGUGAGGCGUCCAGGGCCAGGCCUCCCAUCCUCAACGGAGUGUUGUUCAGGGGCAACUCUGAGAUCCCACCCCCAACCUGGGCCAGGGCGGCCCAUCUCAGUCCCCUGCAGGGACAGGCAGUGGGAGUAGUCUGGUCACGGAGAAUCCCAGGUUCCAUCUUGACCUCCCUCGGCAGGGACAGGAGCAACAGGGUCCCUCCUCCCUGACUCUGAGCCCUUUCCUAUAAGGUGCGGCAGGGUCUGGGGAGCUCUUCGUUGGGGCAGGUCUGGUGGUUCGAAUAAAGAGUCAUGCAAGCCUGU